UAAAAUACCCAGGUACAGCCAACUUGGCUGUACCCCCUGCCAUUGUUAGGCGCGUGGAACCCACGCGCGGGUAAGCAAAUAUUGUGGCACGUGAUGGGAAUAAAUUUCGCGCAAGAAUCGCCUAUAAAUACAAAAAAAAAAGAGGAAAAUCAUUUCGAAAACCUUUCAAAUUCUCAGCACGCAAAAAAUUUUCUCUCUCCUCUGCCCACUCUUCUACUUCGUUGUUUUCUCUCUCUUAAAACCGCCAUUAAACUUCCUGCAACCACCUCAAUCAACUUUCUCUCUCUUCAAACCGCUACUAAUCUUCAUUAUUAAAGCUGAAUUUCCACAAAAUAUCAAGAGAAGAAAUCUGUGACUUCUUUUUACUGAAAAAAAAAGAGAAAAAUGGAUGUUCGUGACGAAAUUGACAUGAACAAGCUUCAAAAUCCACCGAAAAGCAAAAAAAAAACGAAGAUGCCGAAAGAAAAAAAGGAAACGACUGGAAGAUCUAGUGAAGAGCAAAAAAUCGGGAAUGCAAAGCAACCAGACAUGAAGGAAACUGGAAAAUACGAAAUUGAGAAGGAAAUUGAAGCUGAAAAGCAAAUAGACACAUUCCAAGAACAACCACAAAGGUUAAUACUCAAAUUUAAGCGAAGACCAACUAAAUCCCAGCCAGAGGUUCAGAAAGUAUUAAGUGAAGGAGAUGGGAAGGCAUGUACAACUUCUGAGACAGAAGUUCAAAAACCAUUGAGUGAAGGAGAUAAGAAAUCUUCAUCAAAAUCACAGCCUGAAGUUCAAAAAACAUCAAGUGAAAUAGAUCAAGAAGAGUCUUCAAAAUCUUUGGUACAAAGAAAGAUUGCUACAAAAAAUAGGUAGAAUUUGGCAUUUUUUUACAAUUCAUUUUCUUCUGCAUAUUUGUUCAUAAUGGUUUCAUUGUUUGUUCAUUCAUUUGGAAUUGUUUGUUCUUUAUUUUUUAUGGUUUAUUCUUUAUUAUUGAACAACUCUUUCUUUCUUCUUUAUUUGUAACUUUAUAUAUAAAUGAUAUUUUUCAUACGU